GGGAACGCAGUCUCGCGCAGCUUGCUGAGGCAACAGUCGGGGUUAUAGCAACGGAAAAGCCCAUCAUCACAGACAACGGGACGGCUGUGAGAGGGGCAGUGUCGCACUUCAGUCUUCUGUAAGGUGGUCCACCACAACCUGAUUUGAACGGUUCACACCAACACACACCCAGCGCAGCAGGAGGAUGGCGGUGAAUGUCUACUCCACCUCUAUGACCAUAGAGAACCUGAGUCGCCAUGACAUGUUGGCAUGGGUCAACGACUCUCUGCAGCUCACGUACACAAAGAUCGAGCAACUCUGUUCUGGUGCUGCGUACUGUCAGUUCAUGGACAUGCUGUUUCCAGGGUGCAUAUUAAUGAAGAAAGUCAAAUUCAAUGCUAAACUGGAACAUGAAUACAUCCAUAACUUCAAGGUCUUACAGGCGUCAUUCAAGAGAAUGAAUGUGGACAAGAUCAUCCCCGUAGAGAGGCUGGUGAAGGGGAAGUUCCAGGACAACUUUGAGUUCCUCCAGUGGUUUAAGAAGUUUUUCGACGCCAACUAUGACGGGAAAGAAUACGACCCUCUGAUGUCACGGCAGGGCCAGGAGGGAACGCCGCCUCCACCUAACCCAGGUGAACCCAUUGUCCACAAACCUAAAAGACCCUCUCGUUCAGGCCCCAUGAGAACAUCUCCCACAGCACCCAAGACUGUUCCCACCCCCCAGAGGCAGAUCAACGUAGCAGCAGCCCGCAGGACCACUCCCAUGACCCGCAAUGGAGGAGACGCUGAGCUCAUAGAGCUCAACCAGCAGCUGCUGGACAUGAAGCUGACCGUAGACGGACUGGAGAAGGAGAGGGACUUCUACUUCGGAAAGCUGAGAGACAUUGAGCUCAUCUGCCAGGAAAGUGAAAGUGAAAACCCAAUCCUCAGCAAAAUCAUAGAUGUACUGUACGCUACAGAGGAAGGGUUCGCACCUCCAGAUGAGGAUGAAAUUGACGAAGGGGCACAUGGAGACCAGGAGGAGUUCUGAACUCUUUUCCCUCUCUUUGUCAUCCUCCCCUCACCUCUCACCCUUUAAGCUACCUGAUAAUUACUGUCACAAUACCCCUCUUUCCCCCUUUAUUUUAUUUUUUACAACCUUCCCUUACUACCCCCAUCUUGUCUGCGGCUGUCCAUAUCCAUGACGACUUUGUUGCACAGCCUCGCUUCCCAAACUCUUACUAGCAAAGGACACUUAACCCAGACCUGUCUGGACUAGAGCCCAGCAGCCUGGCUUGGUUUACUGGACGUAUUCUGACCUGUUACCCGAGGAGACAGCUCCACUGCGGGGCUGGUUUAGCCUGCUAGAAUGGUUUAUGGUUAAUAGCAAUGAGAUUACAGGGAUCCCGCACUGACAGUCGGAAGCCAACAGUGCUAUCUGUCUGUCUCUAAGAGGCAUGUCACUUUCUCUCACCAUGCACUUUGAUUGGUGACCACACGGACGCACACAUGCAUCAGGGUUCUCUGCAGAGUUUAUAUAUGAAACCCACAAUGUUUCCACACAAUGUGACCAAUUAAAGGAUAUAUUGGCUGUUAAUUUCACAAGGUGAGAUUAUAAAAUACGCCCCAUAGGGGAGAGGCCUGCACAAGUACUUCAAGCAUAUUUCAUAUUGUGACACAUGUGAACGUAUAUUUAGCCCCCGGGACAUAUCACAGACUUUGAACUGCUCACAUGUACAUGCAUAGAGAAGUCAUCAUUCCCAGGUGAAGAUGUCUGCUUUUACUCAUCGUAUCCCACCAGACGGGGUUUGCUAAUGACUUAUUUUGACAGCUUGUUAAUGAGAUAGCAUGAUAUAUUUAUGUUUUUAUUUAUUUGUCUUUUUUUAAAAUCUGCUCUAUACAGUUUCUGAGAAAAAAGAAUUGUGGUUUUGGAUUUGGAUAAAUUGAAGGUCUUGCACUAAAUGUAGCGAAACAAACCGACUGAAAUGAUCCAAAAUGCCAACAUACAGUGAAGAUACAGGUAGAUGCAAUUUUAUACUUUGUAGAUUUGUUUUAAAGAGGCUUGUUUUUUAUUUGCAUUGAAUUCCUCAAUGGCCAAGUUGGAGGCGUCAGUGUAAGAGUUAUUUAUCUGGCUUUGAAUUCUAUGAAUGAACAAAUGUAAAACAUUAAAAAAAAAAAGUAAGACACUACAGACAGACACUACUAAAUACUAAUGUUUGACUGUGUUAAUUGAGUUAAACAUUUUAGCUGCUAUCAUUAUUCUGUUGCCGUAUUUAAUUGAGUUUUGUUGCAACGCGUUAAAAACACCACAGUGGCUGCCAAGGAACUACUGUUGUGGUUUACUGUGAUGGACAGCCAGACUGAGUGUGAUUGACAGUAGUUGAACCAGUCGGAGAGAACAAAACAUCAGACCCUCUCUCACCGUUUGUUGCCAUGGCAGCCAUGUGAUAAACUUGCAUCAUUUGGAGUUACUGCUAGAAUGAAAUAAAGCUCUGAUGUUCAAGAAAAGUCACAAACCA